AUGGUGCCGUCCCUGGAACUACAUACUGGUUACGGUAUCUAUGAACAACUGAUCCGAGGUCCGGAAAUGGACGACCCAAAAAAGCGGAGGAAAGGGGUGAAGUACGGUGGAAAAACGGUCUCCAGUCCACCGAUGACAAACCUUUCUGUGUUGUCGUUGGAACACAAACCACUGAAAGUUCAUACUUUCAUCAAAUUCAGCCAACUCAAGGCGUUCUUGACGAUAAAUUUCUGUAAAAUGGCGUCAAACCGAAGGCUAUAA